UAUUGGUUUACUGAAAUGCUCGGACAAAGUGAAAAGGAGAGACCCCAGCCUGCCAUAUUGAUUCAAGAUUCUAAAGAUUGUGGGAUUCUUAAUUGCAGACCGCCCUUCCUGCAACGCUUUGCUGGAAUAAAGGUUUUUGUACUCCUGCUCUCCUUUUUGGUGACUCUUCAGCAAGCCCUAAGUUCCGGAUACAUCAAUUCUGUCAUAACAACUAUUGAGAAGAGAUUUGAAAUCCCAUCCAGUCUUUCUGGCCUCAUUGCAUCUUCGUAUGAGAUUGGGAAUGUAAUAACUGUCAUCUUUGUUAGCUAUCUUGGCAGUAGGAGGCACAUUCCUGUAUGGAUUGCUGUUGGUUCAGUUGUAAUGGGCAUUGGUUCCAUGGUGUUCACAGUACCACAUUUCAUUGCUGAACCACAUCUAGCAUCCACUCUUGCCAACUCAAGCUCUGACAAUAUUUGUCGAGGCGUAUCCAUUAGAGAACAAGACAUGGGGUUAGGAAGGUUGUCAUCAGGUCUUUCAUCACCGCCUCUUGCACCUCACAACAACCUAAGAGGGGACAACUGCAUUCAGGGCUCUCCCUCCACAGCAGGACCUGUCAUGUUGUUCCUGUUAGCUCAGCUCCUGCUCGGCUGCGGAGGCUCGCCUCUUUUCACUCUUGGCACAACAUACAUAGAUGAUCAUGUCCGCCCAGACAGUGCUUCACUAUACAUAGGUUGUAUGUACAGUAUGGCAGCAUUUGGACCAGUUCUUGGAUUUCUUCUGGGUGCAUAUCUGUUGUCAUUCCAUAUGGACUCUUUCUCCAGUUCUAUUGUCACAAUUGAUCCCGGUGACAGAAGGUGGGUUGGCAUGUGGUGGGGAGGCUUUCUGCUCUGCGGACUCCUUCUCAUACUGGUUGCCAUCCCCUUUUAUGCCUUCCCUAAGACAUUACAGAGAGAGAAGGAGAAAAUUCGACUGAUGGAGAAGUCUCGUCCUGACCAGGUUCGUCCUACAAAGUCAACAGACAUUGCUGCAGGACAAGGCCAGACCAAUGAUUCUGGUUAUGGUAAAGAUAUUAAAGACAUCCCCCGUUCAAUGUGGCGGCUCGUGUGCAACUCUGUGUAUGUGGUUACGUGCCUUGGUGCCUGCAUGGAACUUAUCAUUGUGUCUGGGUUUGUUGUGUUCCUGCCCAAAUACCUGGAGACACAGUUCAGUCUGGGGAAGAGCCAGGCAAGUGUGUUCACAGGUUCAGUUGCAAUACCUGGAGCAUGUAUUGGGAUAUUCAUGGGUGGCUGCCUCUUGAAGCGGCUAGAACUUAGGCCUAAAGGAGCGGUACAAUUUGUGCUCAUCUCAAAUACUAUCUGCCUAGCGUGUUAUGGCCUUCUUUUCUUCCUUGGUUGUGAAAAUGUUAAGAUGGCUGGCACCACUAUUCCAUACUUUAAUAGUUCUAAACCAGAACCAUUUCAAGUGAAUCUGACAGCAGCAUGCAAUUUUGGUUGUGAGUGUCACAUGACAGAUGUGGAGCCAGUGUGUGGAAACAAUGGGCUGACGUAUUUCAGUCCUUGCCAUGCUGGAUGUACAGCCUUCUCUUCGAGAUCUAAUUAUACCAACUGUGCCUGUAUUCAUGGCAACUUCAGCUUGCUUUCAAGUGGCAGUAGCGGUCCAUCUGCCGCAGCAGCUACAGCAGAGUUUGCCGAAGUAACGGUGGUUCCGGUGGCUACGGCUGGUCCGUGUAACUCCCCGUGCAGAACCAUUUUUCCAUUCCUCAUUUUGCUGUUCUUCAUGACCUUCAUUGUUGCUGUUACCCAGAUGCCACUACUAAUGAUUGUGCUCAGGUCAGUAGGAGAAGAAGAGCGAUCCUUUGCAUUGGGGAUGCAAUUUGUGAUAUUCCGUCUGUUUGGGUAUAUACCUGCACCAAUCCUGUUUGGAAACUUGAUUGAUUCUACAUGUCUUCUGUGGAAAAGCACAUGUGGGGAGAAGGGAGGACGGUGUCUUCUUUAUGACAUUGAACAGUUCAGAUACAAGUAUGUGGGGAUCUGUGCUGGCAUCAAGAUCCUUGCAUUGGCUUUGUUCCUUGUGGACUGGUGGUUGGUGCGACGGCGACGUCAGCUUGAAGAGCAGGCUGCCUUGUCAGUUGGGGACUUAGUAGGCUCUAUUAUUAGUCUUGACAAAUUGUUUGAGGAGCGACCUUCAAUUGUCCAGUCAGAUAAUCCAAAAUCCAUGUCAGUUGGUCCAUCAAGCCCAGCCUCAGACCCGCCUACAACACCGUCCGAAUCAACAGAUGCCUCAGAUCAGCAUUCUGUGCAGUCUUCAUUACAGCAGAGUUUGCAAAUGAAGACAUCUCAUUCGAUUGAAUCACGGUCUAAGGUAAUGUUUAUACGGUCAAGAAAUGAGCAACUGGAAGACAGUCUACACAGUGAUAGUGUAAACACAUAAUGACAAAAUAUAUAGUGUAAAUAAAUUAAUAAUUUUACGUUAUAGAUUGCACUCUGCACACAACCUCUUUAUUUUGAACAACUCGGAAGCAUUUAACAUUAAUUUCAUUUAAUUAAUUUUAUAAUUGUAUUUCCAUCUUUAAAUGCUCCCUGUAUUUGUUACUUAAUAUGGGACAUCUUAUUACUUAAUAGAAUGUAGUAGGAGAUGUACUAGUCAUGACCCACAUUUUAAUGUGCUUAAUAGUUUAAAAAUAAGCCACUCACCUGCUACUUCCAGGCAGUUUGAAGGUGGAUGAGGAAUUUAGAUGCAUUACUCAAACAUGUCUGUUUAUUUCAGUUGUAGCAGACAUGUAAUGAACAGUAUCCAAACUUUCAUUUUGUUUGUUUGUUUGUUUGUCUUCUUCUUGUGUGUGUGAAAGUGGUGACUGGGUCUGCAGUAGUAGCACACUAAUGGCGUAAGUAAAUAAUUUGGAGGAGGUAAAGAUAGGAAAAUAAAACUGAACAGGAUAAUGGUAGACUGGGCUGAAUAUAAUACUGUGGAAGAGUGCUUUACAAAAUGUGACCAUGUUCAUCUGUGAUGGAAUUAGUGAGAUGUGCAUGUAACCAUAUUCAUUUCUUAAUGAUACGUGUCGAAUCUUUAAGCUAUGUUUGUGAUAUUCAGUUUUGUGAGAACUGUUACGAUGGAGGAUUUCAACAUUUCAUCUUUAAUGUAGAAUAAUGCUGACAAUCUCCUACAGAGUUAGACCAAGAUACAUAUAUUAUACAGAUAUAUUUUCUGAGACCCUUUUGAAAUGGUAUGGAGUUUUAAAGUGUGAUGGACAGUACACUUCAAAAUGCUACUUCCAAAACAAUCUUGUAAUAAAUAUUGCUUAAUGAAUUGACAUUAUAUUUUCUGAUUCUUGGAUGCAGUGGUAAUGUCAGCAGAUUACCAAGUCCCACUGGUUGAUUUCUAUCCAAUAAAUGGUAAGUCCAGUUGAUGGCUACUUUUUGGCCAUUGGACAGUUUUUGUUUGAUAGAAUUUUUUACUAUGAAUAAAAAAAAGAAAUACAGAGAUUAAUUUUUAUAAUGCUCAUAACAGACCAAUUAGGUUGAAUAUUGCGAAGGAUAAUGAUGAUAUGGUCACUUUAAUACUUCUUUCUUGGAAAUAUAAGGAAUAAUGCAAGUAAAGUUGCAUGCAUCCUUAAUGUGUUUAUUUAGGUGGAGGCAAGCGCUCAGCUUCACUGUCUCCCCAGGUUAAUUUAAUUAUAGAACUCUCAUAUAUGCUGUGAUCACAACCUUCCUUGUUUGUACCUGCUGACCAUUCAAGAAUAUCUUCUCAUCUCGUUCAACACUGUAUAAACUCUGAAAUAUUUGUUUUCCAAGCUACGAUUUGAAUCAUAGUGUGUUCUUUCUGUGCCAUCCUGUUCAUAAUUACAAAGAGACAGAGUUUGGGACCUGCUGCCAUAAUAGUUCUUGGAAUGUGCACCUCUGCAUCCUUGCAACUGUUAUUGCUGUUCUUGAUAUUGCACAACUUUAAGAUGUACUUGAUUAUUAAAGUGAGUAAUGUAUCUUGGUAUUUCUGGGUUUCUGAAUCUUGUCCAUCAUCUAGUAUUGCAAACAGAACGCAACAUUUCAGAGACUGGGACUACUUCUAUUCUCAGGUGGAAAGUUGAAGUGGGCUUGUUAAAGUUAAUGUCACUUACUAGAAUAAUAGACCCAGUUUAAUCAGUACUCUCUGAAAUAUUAUCUUCAGAAUACUAAAUGAUGGACAAGUCAAAAAACCUAGUAGUACUCUUUGCAGUAUACCAACAUCAGAACACUUCAGAAUUAAUAAUGAGUCUCAUGACUAUUCUGACUGGUGAUACUUGCGUCAGUUUUUUAUAAUCUCUCCAGGAGAUUCUGAAUUGGUACAUCAAAAUAGGAUACAGCCACUACUUUCAUUAUCUUAUUAAUAAAAUAUCAAGAUUUAUAAAAAUUCACCACUUUCAAAAUGAACGUGUGAAUGCGCUAAUAUUUAUAAUACUUUUUGAAAUCUCUUACUCAAGCAUUGGAUAUAAUUGUUGUAGGAAGAUUUACAUCAUGGAUGCAUUCCCAGAAUAUAAGCACAGAUAUGUAAAGCACUCGGUUACUCGAUUCUUAGCUACACUUACUGCUCAAAAUGACAUUGUGCUGAAUGGGAAUUUUGUAACAUAAUUUAUUCCCCUGUUAGUUAUCAAUAUCACAGUUAAGCAAUGCAAGUUAAAAAGUGUAAAUAAUAUAUUACCUGAAGUUAAUUUUUGUUUCAGGCUUUUAUAGGUUAUGUGAAUAUAAAACUUCUUGAUGCUCUACUUUAAAAGUAUAUUUUAGGGCUACAAAAAUUGCUUGUAACAUAUAUAUAAUAGGUAAUAUUGAGGGUGGUUUUCUGAGUGACAUGCCUAUUAACAUAAUCAAGAUUUCUGCCUUUAACAAUAGAUGUGGGUCAUUGUACAGUUGGUCUUCAUCUGUCUUCUGCUGCCAGAAAUAUGUUAAUUAUGAGUUUCCACUAAACUGUAGUUUUCCCAAAUGCUACUGAACAGCUUAUUGUUCAUUACUACAUAUAUCAAAACAUGUGCAUAAAAUUUCCAGAUAAUUGAUAUCUCAUCAGAAUUUCUUUAUUGAUAUUUAAUCUUUAACCUCCUUUCAGAGUAAAAACUUUCAUGUAAAUUGUUAUUUUAUUAUUGUAACUUGUGGACGUUUUCACGUUUCCUUCCUUUGCCCUAGUAACAUCUUUAACUGUGUCAUUCUCCGAUAGAUCUUGUGGUAUAUGGGAGGAGAAUUCCUUCCAUGUGUUGGCUCCAGUUCCCAAGACAUUGGGAUAAUGCAAAGUAACUGUUUAUUUGUGAAAUAAUACUUAAAGUGUGGGUUUAGAGUAUGUUUAAAUUGGAGUGGGAGAGAGUUUACUUAAGACCAUGAAAACUAAUUGAUAAUGUACAAGAUAUGUAAAAAUCCUUUUUACUGUAUAGUCUACAUACUAAAUCUUUUUAAUGAACUUUUAACUAAGACCCCUGGCACAAUCUGAAAUGAUGCAUACAUCCAAGUUGCUUCCAAUUUAAGCUAACUUUAAAUCACUAAACAUGUAGAAAAGAGGAAAGACUUGUAACUAAACGUAGAUAUAAAAUAACGUAGUAUAUUUCACAUUCAGUCUAGAAUGCUUUUACUGUACAUUCAAGUGUAGAAAAGGAAUGAGGAUAUAUAUAUAUAUAGAUAUAUGGUCAUGCGUAUGAGUGUGUGUAUGUGUAAAAAUGUGUGGAUUUUUUAUGACUCAAAUAUUGUGAAUAUUUUCAUUGGAAGAAAAUGAAAGAUAUUUUAAAUAUGUUCAUUGUUGAUCUCAAAACUCAGAUUGUCAAUUCAAUACUAAAAAUAUACUAAAAAGCUGUGACAUGCUGUGACAAACGAUUAAUGAAUUUAUGAUGGAUUUUUUUUUUUAUAAAUGAAAAUUUGAUGAUGAUAAACAUCAAUGUUAGACUUUAAUGGUAAAGUUGAUGUAUUUCUUAAAGUUAUUGUAUAUUUGAACCUUUGUUUCUCAUUUAAACAGUUAUAAUAUUGGGAUCUAUCUUACAGUGUUUUAAAGAAGUAAUUCUUUUAUGUUAAUUUGGUUUUGACAUAUUUAUGGAAUAAUUAUAAUUGUUUUAUUUGCAUUGUCAUAAAUAUUGUACAGAUUUCUUCCAAUUUUGGGCUGUGGUCUCCAGAAACCAAGUUUUAUUGCUGGAGAGUGGCCAUUAUUGAAGAAUAUCCAAAUUACAUAUUUGUUAGAAUGUGGAACAGUAUCUUGACUGCAGGAAAUCUACGUUUAGUUUUCAGUUUUAUGUUUGAUUAGUGGAGUUAGGCGUUGAAAUUUUCUGUUAUGAUAUAUAUUUAAAAAAUGCUUGCAGAUUAUGUGUAAAACUUUUUCAUAGGUUAAAAAGCAUACAUAGAGAUUAUGAGAAUUUAAAGUUACAUUUGAUAAAUUAUGCAUGGAAAUAGUUAAAUAAAUUGAAUGAUUAUAAUAAAUGCAAUGAUUGUUAAUUUAUAAAUAAUGAUAGUUCAUCAUAUAAAUUGGAGUAUUAGAACAUCAGUAGGUGUCACAAGUUCUCUGCAGAAUAUCUUUGUUUUAAUUUGGAAUGAAGAUUCUUCUCCAUAAUUGCAAAAUCUGUGAGGUGGCAAUCCUGCUUCUGGUCUGUUAAUUUGUAUGUAUAAUAUUGAUCUGAGUCAAAUCCACAACCAGAAGUAGCCCUCGUAACUUAGAAUACCUCAGGUAGAAUCUUGUAAUGACCAUGUAAAUCAUUCCUAAUUACUUUGUAAGUACAUUUAAAACUCUGCUUAUUUCUACACAGAUAACACCCUUGUAUUUAAUGCACCUCAAGAAUUUUACUCUCCCAGAUGGACAGAACACUUAAACACUUUGUUUCAAAUAGAAGACUGUUGAAUUUUACCACCAUCAUUACUACAAAAAUAAUGUUAUUAUUUGAGCUGUAAAUAGCACAAAAUACUAUACACUCACAGAAAGUAUUUAUAUAUCACAUUAAAAUGCGCAAUGAAUAGAUAGUUUUAUUAUAAAUAAGAUAUGUAAUUAUUAUAUUUGUUGGGAAGUUGAUGUUUCUGAACUGAUUGGUAGGGGGAAAUUUAUUAUUAAAAUUUUUAUAAAUAUAUAAAAUUUGAAAGAAGCUGAUUGAAGCAUAAAAUUUUGUUUGUAGAUAUCUUUUAUAACAAAAUAUUCUUUCCUUGUAUUUUCGGAAAGCACUUAUCUGGGUUUAGUUAACCCCCUCAAAAAUGUAAACUUAUUUUGGAUUAACGUAUCGUUACUUUCACGACUGUGUUAAUUUGACUUUAUUUAAAGAAAUAAAGUAGAGUAACUGCUAACAAUUGAAAUGCAAAUAAUUGAGAAGCAAUAUAAUAUUUUUUACAGGAAUGAAUAUCAACUACACAAUGAGACAAUGUGGGUAAAAUAUGUAAGGACCACUUGAAUAUUUAACUGCAGUCUUAAACAAAACUGUUGAUGUUCUAUGUCCUUUUUUUAUUUCUGGGAACCAUAAUUUCAUAAAAUGACAUCUCACUGUAAUUAACUUGUUGAUUUAAAGGUAGGUGAUUAUUUGUCUGAAGAUGCCUUGGUUGCUGCAAAAAUAUGUAUGAAUAGUUAUUUUACAAUGUUAUUGUUUUCUUUCUUCCAAAUUGUUGCAGAGUUUGUAGAUACAAGAAGCUGUGUGAAGGAAAUGACUACCACAUUCUGUGUAAUCAUCAUUUGUAACAGGAAAAUCUGAAGAUGGAAUGAUAGAGCUACUUUAUUUUCUUAAGUAGCAUUAUAUUGCCUGUGUCAGAUUUACUGUGAUGUUUGAUUUAAGUUUACAUCAUGAAAAACGUGCACUAAUAUCUCAUUUUAUGAUACUCGCUCAACAAAAUUUAAAGUUCAUGCAAAUGACAAGUAGUACUCAUUCUUUGGUACAUAAAAUUAAUAGUUGAUACAGUGAAAACAUUCAGAUCUCUUCAUUUGUCUCUGUUUCUGCCCAUCGUCUUCUGAACC